AUGUCGCAAUCUCCCGUCCGUGUUGUCGUUCUCGACGAUUAUCAGAAGGUUGCACUGAAAAGUGCCGAUUGGUCAAGUCUAAAGCAAAGAGGAGUAGUUAUCGAUGUAUUUGUCGAUGUGAUAUCGAACGAAGAGGAACUGGUGACACGCUUGCAGCCGUACGACGUAAUUUGUGCGAUGCGGGAGAGAACCAAGUUUCCCAAAUCUAUCAUAGAGAAGCUUCCAAAUCUGAAAUUCAUAUCUACCACUGGAAUGGGGAACAGAAGCAUUGAUACAGAGUUUGCAAAGUCGAAGGGCAUUUUGGUAUCAGGGACCCAAUCGGCCGGAAACUCGACCGUAGAACAUAUCUGGGCACUCAUCCUGGCAGUUGCUCGAUAUAUAGCCAUUGAGGAUAACAACGUCAAAAGCAAGAAUCCACAGUGGCAAACAGUGGUCCCAUUCGGCCUAGCAGGCAGAACCCUGGGUCUUGUUGGUGUCGGAAAACUUGGUGCUAAAACCGCUAGGAUUGCAAAGGCCUUCAACAUGAGAGUUCUAGGUUGGUCUCCGAAUUUAACAGAGGAGCGAGCGAAGGAGGCUGGGGUGGAGCUUGCCAGUUCGAAAGAAGCGCUGUUCAAGGAAAGUGACAUUGUUUCCGUGCAUAUGGUUCUGGCAUCGAGCACUGGAGGCAUGAUUGGACCUGCCGAACUUGCGGCAAUGAAGCCUACGUCGUUUCUUAUCAAUACAUCGCGGGGGCCACUGGUACAGGAAGAGGCAUUGCUCGAUGCGCUGAGAAAUAACAGGAUAGCAGGCGCAGGGCUGGAUGUGUACGAUAUCGAACCACUGCCUUUGGACCAUCCACUCCGAACGUUGAAAAACGUGACUCUGAGCCCACACAAUGCGUACGUCAAUGACACGAAUUAUAAGGUCAGUCCAAGCAAUAAUCGUUCUGUGUACGUGUAUUGA